UAACAAACAUGUUUUGCAGAAAGCUAUUACAAACAAAAUCUUCGCCAUUACCGUUUGUUAUUCGCUUUAACAUAGAGAGGCUAUUCCCUUUGACCUAUUCCAAGAGAUUUUUUCAUACGAAGUAUAGAAAAAAGAAAAGUUAUGUUGUAAACCAUACUGAUAAUGAAGCAACUGUUAAACCGGCUAUUGUUGAUAUGAGUUUUAGCUCUUUUGUCUCGAAUGAAUCAGAAAGCGAACGAGCAUCACAUUUUGAAACUAUUUCAGAGCUUAACAAGAAAAUAAGCGAAUUAACAAAGGAUUUGAAUGUGGUAAGGCAAGAGAUUGAUUCAGAUUCUGAUAAAAUUGGAAGUCAAAAAAUUGCAGCAGGAUUGUCCAAGAAGAACGACUUAACUGGAACACCAGACAAGUCCAUUAAAGUGAGCAGUGUUCACUGUGGGGGUUGUGGUGCCUUACUCCACUGUCAGGAUGUGAUGUUACCAGGUUACAUGCCAAGUGAGGUUUUCAAAGACUUGACAGUGGAAGAAUUAAAAGAAUCCAAAUGUCAAAAAUGUCACAAAAUGCAGCAUCAAGGUAUGUUGUUCAACAUUAGAGCAAGUGAUGAAAAGGUUCAUGAAAUAAUGAGAAAGAUCAGCUCUGAAAGAUGUUUGGUGUUGUUAGUGAUUGAUUUGUUUGAUAUCGAAAACAGCAUUCCGGACAUUUUCUCACAGAUUUUAACUGAAAGGACACCUAUUUAUGUGAUAGGAAACAAAGUCGAUAUAAUUCCUCAGGAUCAGCCUGAUUAUUUAGACUCUGUAGAGGAAACUCUCAUUUCUGCUUGCAAGAGAAGAGGUCUAAAUAGACAUAAUGUGAAAGAGGUUUCCUUGAUAAGUGCAAAAACGGGAUAUGGAGUAGAAAAAUUAAUAUCAUCACUUCUUCUUAAUUGGGGUAUGAGAGGUAAUGUUUACAUGAUUGGCACUGCUAACAGUGGAAAGUCUACUCUGUACAAUAGUUUGCUUCAUUCAGACUACUGUUACUAUAAGGUCAGGGAUGUCAUCCCCAAAGCCACUGUGUCUGUGUGGCCAGGAACAACUAUCAACAUUCUGAAGUUUCCCAUCAUGAAUUCUAAAACAAAUUGGUUGAUGAAAAUGAGACAAAAAAGACUUUUGGAAACUCAAGUAAAAGAGAUUCUUCGACACAAGAAGAUGAAAGAGGAGAUCAAAAAACAAAAGAAAUUAGUAGCAUCAUCAAUUAUAACCACUUUACAUGGAAAAGUAGAAAAAACAGAUUUUACAAACGAUGCAGAAAAAAGGGCUCUGUACUCAGGAUUUAAUCUCAUGGCGUAUGAAUACAAAGAGGACAAAGUACGAACCAAUGAUGGGAAAGAAUUCAUCAUGGAAACUCCAAUGAAGUAUGAUGAGAGGGAUUAUAAAGACUCUAGAUUCUUGUGCGAUACUCCUGGCCUUUUGUGUGACAAUCAGAUCCACACAGAGCUGACACCUGAGGAACUGAAGCUCAUCAUCCCUACUCGUAAGAUUGUUCCCCAUUGUUAUUUACUGAAGCCAGACCAUACUGUGUUCAUCACUGGACUAGGAAGGAUUGACUAUGUAGAGGGGAACCAGGAUGUGAUGUUGGUGAUUUUUAUCAAUUCUAAGCUUCCUGUGUAUGUGAUGCCUAGUCAUGAAGCAGAAGAGUUCUACCACAACAACAUUGGGACAGAUGUACUGGGAGUUCCUCUUGGUGAUGAAUUAAGGCUAGCAAAGCUUCCACCACUGAAGAGUGAAGAUAUUCGGAUCCACCUCCAGGACCACCCUCAGAAAUUGGCUGCCCUUGACAUACAACUCUCCUCCUUAGGUUGGGUGUCAGUGAUUGGAAUGUCACGGGGAUUUGAGAUAGACAUUGAUGUCACUCUGAGAGUGUACACCCCAGGUGCUCUUGGGAUUUACCAAAGACCCCCAAUGUUGGAGGAAGCCCAUGCUUUCCAUAGAAAAAGGAUGGGAAAUUCAUUCAAAUACAGACGGAACAAAUCUAAACUCCUGCUUUCAAAGGGAGAACGCUUAUGAUGAGAUGAGAGUUAGAAUAAAAAAAAUUAUAAAAAUGGCCAUUAUUUCAUAUUUUGUUUAAAUGAGGCAACCUUAUUAGGGCCCCGCAAGGAUUUGCGGGUGGCCUAUAGUAAUCACUCUGUCUGUCUGUCCGUCUUUCUGUCUAUCCGUCUGUCAUUCUUCCGUCCACAAAUUUUCUGUUUUUUUCUAAUAACUUUUUUUGUAGUGGACCAAUUAAGUUCAAAUUUGGUAUGUUGGUUGAAGAGGCAGUAAGACAUAUUUUGAUGCUAAGUUUGGUUCUCUGUGUCAUCCAGUUUGGAGCUGGGGUGGUGGGGUAGAUUCCUUAACUUUACAUUAGAAUGAAUGCCAGAGCAAAGAGAGAUAACUACUGAGAAUGUUCCUAUUGUAAACUAUGUAAGCUGCAACUAGUCCCAUGGGAUUAAUUAACUUUCCUCUUGAAGAAAAUCCAAAGCAUUAUCUGUUUCUGUCAAAUUGAGAUUAAUUAACACCUCUGUCUGCAAAUGAAGUUUGUUUUGAAGUUAAAGUCAAUUCUGAAUGAUGUUUACAUUCUCUGAAAUAUGGAUUUAAAUAAUAUUCAUAC